CAGACUGAGAGUCUGCAUCUGAAUCAGAGAGGAAUAAAUCUGCUGAAGAGUUCCUGUUAUUUUUUCUGCCACACAUAUUAUUUAAAUAUAACCUCUACAACCAGGAUUGAUCUUAUUCAUUAUUAUUUUUCAACUCUUUUAUACUUUUGAUUCAUACUUUGUGGAUUGUGCCGCUCUUGGACAACAGCAUCUGAAAAUCCUUAUAUCUCCUUGGAGUUUUUUGUGAGAAGACCUAAUACUUUAAUCACAGGACAUCAACAAUUUGAUACAUUGCUCUGCCAAAGUUGCCAUCUGUCUGGGACACUGUUUGCCUUUGACAUGGGGGUUGGGAAUAAGGAGCUACUCAUUCUCGGCUUGACGUGUAUGCUGGGGAAAUGUUUCUCUCACUGUGGGGAUGGUUACAACACCAAAGGGCGGGAAUGUGUUGAUGUUGAUGAGUGUGACGAAGUCCAAGGACCAUGUGGAAAAGACGCAAGGUGCUUCAACACCAAUGGCAGUUACUACUGUCAGUGCUUAUCAGGCUUCAAGAACACACAUGGGAACGUUAACUUCACAGGGACGAGUGGAGAGUGCAAAGAUAUCAACGAGUGUACCGAUAAAGUUGGAAUCUGCGGCAGUGCAGGUAACUGUUCUAACCGGAUUGGGAGCUACAAUUGCACCUGCCAGUCUGGUUACGUCAGCCCCCAAAACAGCACGGAAAAGUGCAGAGAGAUAAUUACAUGUGAGGAAGCUGAAAUUAACAGAGACAACAUCUGCGGAGAGAAAGGCACGUGUACGAACGGUGAUCGGAGUUACUUGUGCCAGUGUCAAAAGGGAUACACCAACUACGGCAACAAAAGGACGCCGUGUUCAGAGCUUAAAUGUGAUGGCUUCAGUGCUGAUAGUGGACCUACACAGUCGCUCGGAGGCUUGGCAAAGAUUUUGUCCAUGAUGAGAAACAGCUGUUUGGCUCUGUCCAAUCAAAGUGAUGGUGGAGAGAAGGCUGACGGAGAGGCGCUACUGGAGAAACUUUUCACAGCCACCGUGGCCGUCCUGUCCCCUGGUCGUCCAGACAGCGCUGAGGAUGUGAGUGUGUUGCUUGGCACAGUGGAAAACUCCAUCAUGUUCAUCGGUCCUCAGCUCAAAAACAACUACACCAAGAUAGAAACCACCGAGACAGAGGUAGAGAUUGCUGUUCAAUGGGGAAGCACACGACCCACUGGAACGAUCCAUUUGACCAAUGAGAACGCAACACUCGACACCGACUGGGAAACAGCAUCUGGGACAGGAACAUACCCUGGCUUUGCUAUGGCUGCACUGCUGAGCUAUAAGAACCUGAAGAUCUCAGGGAACAGGUCUUUUGAGGAGCUCAAAGGACAUGAAAAAGAUGGCGUGGCUCCGUCCUUCCAGAUCUUCUCUAGAGUUGUGUCUGUCGUGGUCUCUAAUCCCUCCACUCAGAAUCUGAGCCGCUCUGUCAACAUCACACUCAGACAUUUAGAGGACACAGAGGAGUCCCCUGAGGUGAGGUACAUCUGUGCUUACUGGAAUGAGAGAGAGGCCUGGUCCACAGAUGGCUGCUAUCAACAUCACUCCAACGCCACACACACUGUGUGUACAUGUGAACAUCUGAGUAGCUUUGCUGUGCUCAUGGCCCUGUACCCCAUUGAGGAACCUUUUGGGCUCCUGUUGGUGAACAACAUCGCGCUGAUCAUCUCCAUCGUGUGUCUGUUGCUGAGCAUCCUGACGUUCAUGUUCUGCCGCUCGAUCAAAGGGACCCGCACCACCAUCCACCUGCACCUCUGUAUCUGCCUCUUCCUGGCUGACCUCAUCUUCCUGGCUGGCAUUUCACAAACUGAGCCUGUGGGCGGCUGCAGGUUUGUUGCAGCGAUGCUCCAUUACCUCUUCUUGGGAGUCUUCACCUGGAUGUUGCUGGAAGGCGUGCAGCUCUACCGAAUGGUGGUCCUGGUGUUCAAUGCCACCAUCCGACCCCUGUACCUAUUCCUCGCCGGUUACGGGUUGCCCCUCGUUAUCGUCAUCAUAUCUGCCAUCAUUAGACCAAAAGGAUACGGCACCGACAAAUUCUGCUGGCUGUCUCUAGAGGACGGCCUCAUCUGGAGUUUCCUUGGCCCUGUGUGCUUCAUCAUCGUCAUCAAUGUCUUCUUCUUCAUCAUCACUGUUUGGAAGCUCGCCCAUAAGUUCACCAGCCUCAACCCAGAACUCUCCCAGCUAAACAAAAUCAAAGCAUUCACAGUGACAGCUAUAGCCCAGAUGUGUAUACUGGGUCUCAUGUGGGUGUUUGGGACCUUACUGUUCCAAGAAGGCACCAUACAUUCCAGGACGGUGUCCGCUUAUAUCUUCACUAUUCUGAACAGCCUGCAGGGGGCGCUGGUCUUCAUCUUGCAUUGCCUGCUGUCCAAGCAGGUGAGAGAGGAGUACGCACAUUUCCUCUCCUGCAUCUGCACACCACAGAAGAAGAAAUACUCAGACUUCAGCAAUACCAAUCCCUCCAGUACUCAGUCACAAGGCUCUAGAAGUGGGCAGCAGACCAGUGAAUCCCAAAUAUAAAGAGCUCUGUCUUUUAUUCCUCCCCAAAAGACUUUGAACGAUUUGGAUCACUUCAAAUACAAAUUCAGUCAUGAGUCAUUCACCGGAAUGUAAGUUUAAAGUCUGGUUUGCUCAUCACAACAUGGUGACAAAUUAAAGUAAUGACCAACAUACAGUGUCUUGGUAUAACAUGUUGGGACACCAUGAUUACAGAGCAGCCUCAAUGUCCCUUGACAAUGAUUCUGAACUGUACUGGACGGAGGGAAACCGUUCUUACAAAAUAUAUCCCCUUGAUGAUUUUCAGACUGAUCAAACCAUUCCCUGACCUCAUGCUACAUGGUUAGAGUCAUCGUCAAUUUUUAUUUCUGAUAAACCAAAUCACCUUUAUUUUUUUUAUUUUUUUCACAUAUUUUCAUUUUUUUUGUGGGAAUCAAAUUAACAUUGACCCUGUUCCAAGGUCACGAAACAAAAAUGUCGGGAACCAUUGCUCUAAACCAGAGACUGUAUUUAAAAAUUGAUGAAGCAUCCCCACAUCCUCCCACUGUCCAUUAAGCCAAAAUAACCCAGGUAUGAACGCUGCCAUCUUGAGCAUUGUGAGCUAUAGAUAUAUAUUUAGAGUUAGGAUCAGGAGAUAGCCAGGUCCUAUGUCUGACCAAUCGUGAGUCUGUCUCAGCUGUCAAUCACGAUGUUUCAUCCCAUUUCUAAAGCAUCAAAUUACUAACUAAGAAAACUUACCUCGAAAAUUAACAAAUGAAUAAACAUCAGUGUGAUAAGAAGUACCUAAAAUGACAGAAACCAUUUUUGAGAAGAGAUGUAUUUGAUGUGUACUUAUUUAGUCCAUGUACCAUUCACUAACAUGGAAGAGGCAUGCUUUUUGCCUUUAUUGCAGCCACCACCAGGGGCGAUUAAGACACUUUUUGGUUUCACUUUUGGGGAGCAGUCAUCACGUCCAUCUUUACAUAUGGUCUAUCCUUAAACACACAUCUGUCCAAGGCCGGUCAGAUCCUACUGAAGCCAAUUGUUAUCGCUCAAAACCCAUUAAUCUGAAUGAAUCCAACAGUACAUCACUUGCAAAGUUGUUGCAUUUAUUUCUUCAUUAUAUUCUUAUUGUUCCCCACUGAUAAUGAUGUACAUCACCAAUGGUAGAUAAAAGUGUAUUGCUAAUGACAACAUUUCUGUUUUGGUGUGAGGUUAUACUUUAAAUGUUCUCAUUGUUGCAGCAGGCAAAGAGAAGCUAAACCUCUAAAAGUGUUUAUUCAGGAACUCUGUAAGUGAAAGUGAAGAUAUUUUAGUAGCUUAUCAGUUCAGCCAGAACAUAUCACUGUAAAAAUAAGCUGUAUUAUCCAUGGGAGUGGUUGAAAGUGAGAGUGAUGCAGACUAUUUAUUUUCCAAAAGCAGACUAUAAAGUCUAUGUUAUGUAGGCUGCAAGGAAAUACGUUUAAAGCACGAGCAUACACUUUGCACUGUAUUUUAUAUAAAUGUAUGAUAUAAAUAUAUGCGCGGGUGGGCUUUUUUGUUCAGGGGAGCUUCACAGAAUGUCUUUGUCUCCAUGUACUGUAUUGAAUAGUAUGCUGUUACAGUAAGAAACAACUGACCGAUGAUGCAAAUUACCCAUGAAGUGCCUCUGAUGGUUCCUCCUGCAAGUCCCUUGUGGGCGUCUGCGAGGUUUUCAUGUCCGUUGUUACUUGCUUUGAAACAAAACAAGUGAUUUUUUAAAAAAGCACUUAUGGCUGGGGUUUUUUUAUCUAUCUUGGCUUGCAAAUGAGCUGCUCCACCUUCUUGAAUUUGUAACAAAGAAAUCUCGUCCAAAGUGACUGCUUUGACAAAUCACAAAAACAGACCCACCCCUGUGAUAAGCCUGCAGCUUCCUGCAAUCAUAGUGUGUUUAUGAAAUAAAGUGUUCUUAUUUGAGCUAUAAGCCUGUGCCUCGACACCCUGUCAGUGAGUGUAAGGUCUCACAUUCCUGAAAUGAAGUGUGUGUCAAAUGGGAGUUGUACAAAUUGUAUUUUAUUGCACUUUUUCUAUGUCAAAAUGAUCGUCCAGAAAAUCCUGGAGUCAUCCAGUCCCACUUACAGAACCAGAACAGUUUACAUGUAGAAAUAAAGCUCUCAGUUUUAUUUUACAAAUAUUGUUUUUUUUUUUACUAUUUGAUAGAAAUUGAUUGGAUUAUCUGAAAGACAUUGAUUGUUUUGAUAUUUUGGAUUUCAAAUCUGUCUUUUCAUGUGAUUUGUUUGUGUUGAAAUUGUUUCUCCCUUUGGUUUUGAGACCCUGAUGAAUGCCACGUCUGUGUAGAUUGGAUCUAAACUGUUCUUUGGUUCUAAACUGUGAGUGCAAACACAGUAUCUUGGCAAAUGACACCGAUUAUUCCUGCAUUGCAAAAAGUAUUUCUAUGUGAAAAAGCUACUCUGUGGUCUGCAGAAUUUUUUGAAUGUAAGAUUCUUAUUGUUAGAAUGUAUUAUAUAUGUUGUAGUUUGGAGCUAUAUGAACCUAUUUUUCUACUUGUUUUGUUGUACGAUCUUUGGUACUGUUUUCUUUCAAGAAUAUGUAGUAGAAAAUGUUAUUAAAAACCUUCACUUCUA